GUCCAACCUCAACAAUUUUUGGGCAGACAAACCACCAUGGCGGUUGUAAUUGUGACUCUGUAUCGCUCUCCCUCGAUUGUCAAGUGAAGACCCAUCCGCGGCUGGCGCUGGCCAAGGCAAGUCGAAGCCAACACGAAGUUGCCUUUUGGUCUCUUCUCCAAGUCCAAGAAGGGAUAUUGGAUCCUGAGAAAGCCCCGAAAGAAGGCUCCGCCACUUCGAGGCUCCAUUGGACUAGACAUCACACACAACAAGGCCCGAGCCUGAUACUUUGACCGGUUGCCUACGACCUGUCGCCAUCGCUCUCAUUCCCCCCCCAGAAGUCACGGAAUACUAGAGUCUACUAGAGUCAACAUCAAACAUGACGGACUCGAUGAACCUGAUCUCAGCGCAGAUAUCAUUCUUGGAAGCACAUCUCGCUCUAAUCCAUAUCCCUAUCGAACUGUAUGCCUUAUCCCUCCAGCCUAUUCUCCGGCUUCUGUUCGGGGAAGACCACGACGAGGACGCCGCAAAGAUUUCUUGGACCAACCGCCAUGAUUUUCUCAAUGUCUCCAUCACUGCAAUCGAAUGCUCCAUUAUAUGCUCGCGACAUCUUGCAGACCGGUUCGUGCGCCCGGUAGCCGAGGUCCUCAACAGCUUGUACGCCAGCAACAAGAAGGGCAAGUCGAAGGGGGAAAUCCAAAUCUGGAACGAAGACUAUACAGUCAUUCAAGUCGACGGACAGGGCCUUGACGCUGGUCAGAGAGUGCUGGAGUUGACGUCGCCACUAGCCAUGGCUGGAAUAAGCAUUUUCUUCAUCACGACCUAUUUCUCCGACUACAUCCUUGUUCCCUUCCGGUCACGAGGCACCGUCACCAGAGCCCUCCAACAGCGGGGGUUCGUCUUCUCCAAGGCCGCCGACGCCUUCGUGUCACAACUUUCACCAGCAUCUCCCACCUUGCUUCAAGGCGGUGCGAGACCAUCGCCCUCACCGUUCUACGACAACUCGGCGCCCACCACGCCGCCGGCCAAAGACAUCCCCGAACUCCAGCUCCGCACGUUCAGGAAGCUCAAGCGGAACAACAUCACGCCCUUUGUCGACGGUAACAUCCGUCUGGCAAACUGCGCCGGCAGCCGCGAGUACAACAAGGCGAGUGAAGAGCGGCUCAAGAACGACCUCCUGCAGGUCCUGCUCGCCACGGCGGCGCCCACCAGCACGAGCACGAGCACGAGCAUCUCCAGACAGCCGGCCAUGAUCUCGCCGACCGGGCUGAGCCUGGGCCUUGGCGGCAGCAGCAGCAGCACUCCAACACCCCUGGCGGCGCCGUCGGCUGAGUUGGACUUUGGCGCCAAAUUCCUCUCCCUGACCAUCACCGCGGGCGAACCCAUCUCGAUCCUCCUGGAGCACCGACUGCUCGACCGCCUGGGUGGGUCCCUGCUGGGCGCCAAAUCCGACGACGACGCCCUGGUCCCCAUCACGCUCGACCUGCGCGACCUCCCACUCGACGCCACGGGCAUCGUCUGCGGCGUGGCCGGCCGGCUGGCCCAAGGCAGCACCGACCUCCCGGACGAAGAGGUCGUUCUGGGCUUCAACCCGCCCGGCCCAAGCGGCAGCACGACGACGGCGACGACACCCGCGAUGGCCGAGGCUGGGACCCGUGCUCACGACGAGCCCGUCGAGAUCUCCUUCCUCAGCACCGCCCGAGCCGGCACCGUCAUCGUCCGCGCCUCUCAGCUCCACAAGGCGCUCGAGGCGCUCGACUACGGGAUGAAGAGGGUCGGAGAUGCGGAUCGACCGUGAGCGCGAGCGUGUGCGUGCGUGAAUGUGGAUUGGAUGGUUACGACUGGUUCGUUCCGUCCUCUCCAGGAGAGCCACUAAUCUGAGCCCACAAGGGAGGGUGAGGGCGAGCGCUUGAGAGAGACUGAGGCCAGUGAGUUCGAGGAGGAAAAACCCAAGCCAGGAUUGUUGCCGCCCUGAGCACCAUGGCUCAUGAUCUGCAUUAACUCCGGAGGACGAAAGAAAAAGGGCAUUCAGCACAUGGAAGAAGGCAUCGGAAGGGAACGAGACAAGCGUCUUGCUCGUCGCUCGUCGUCCAGCAGGCAUGGGAUGAUGCGACCGGGAUCUUUCGACGCGGCGGAAAAAGUUAUUUCUACCUUUUCUAUUAUAUCUCUCUUUCUCUCCCUUGGUAUUUAGUCCCCCUUUUCCUGACGUCCUUGAGACGAAAGGGUGUUUGGAAGGACUCAAAAAAGCUUUCAGACAGUAUAAACACCAAUACCUGCG